ACUACAGAAGAGGAGUGGAAGCAACAGACGUGUAAUAUUAUCACACUGUUUUGGUAAACUGCUAACUAUCAUUUUUGGUAUUAUUCUUUAACUUUCCUGGGUUACUGUUGAUUGGAGUAAUUAAAUCAUGUUUAACGACGAAUUACCACCUCACUUUAGACGACGAGUAAAAAGCUCGUCAGCCGUGGACUUGCCUGCGAGACGAGGUGUGUUUAGUCGAAGACACUAUGGUUCCGUGGAAUUGUUAGUCUCUUGUGAUUCAGAAGGGUGUUACUCAGGCAGAUUUCGAGUGGAAGAUGGGAGUAGAGAUGAGCUGUCCGCUGCAUCUACUGGCACAGACGUUCAUCUAGAAAACCCCGAGAACCAAACUCGAUGGUACUUCAAAUAUUUCCUUGGAAAGGUCCAUCAAAACUACGUUGGUCUUGACGUUGAAAAGAACGUGUACUUCCUUUCCGUGGUACUGACUGAUGCCAACAACCACAACGUUCCACAAUACAGAGGCAUAUUGUGGAGGAAACAGGGAACUCAAAAGAUAAGUGUCUUGUACAAUCCCACAAAGCCAAUGUCAGUUAAAGGAAUUUUAAAACGAUUCGACAUCAGGAUUGACAAAACACCGAAGGAAAUAUUCACAGCAGAGAUUCAAAAGGAACUACUUUUGUUGGAGGAGCAAGAAGGAUCAGUCAACUUCAAAUUCGGAGUACUCUAUGCAAAGGAAGGCCAGACCACUGAUGACGACAUGUUCAGCAAUGAAAUCGGAAGUCCAAAUUUCGAUAAGUUUGUUAGAUUGUUGGGAGAUUAUUCAAGAUUAAAAGGAUGGGAUAGAUUCAAUGGUGGCCUUGAUACCAAAAGUGACACAACGGGGCUAGAAACAGUCUAUACAACAUUCGAAGGACAUGAAAUAAUGUACCACGUUUCAACAUUAUUACCUUAUUCCUCCGAUAACCGUCAACAGGUUGAGCGUAAGCGUCAUAUUGGAAAUGAUAUUGCCGCCAUUGUUUUCCAAGAGGUUGCUAACCCAGACGACGAGCCAACGUUCAAGCCAUCCAUGAUUCGAUCUCAUUUUACUCAUAUAUUUGCUCUUGUUACUUACAACACAAUCAAAGAUACCUACAGAUUGUGGGUUUUUUCUGAAGAGUCAGUGCCUCUAUUUGGACCACCGUUGCCUUGCCCUGCUGAAUUUGAAAAUCACAAAGAGUUCAGAGACUUCCUGUUAGUUAAGCGUAAGUAUUGUAAUAUGUUAAACAAACGGUCCUUCAGUGACGUCAUCCCCGAACCACACUGGGGUUGGAGAAGCAAGAAAGAAGAAGCCAGACAAGCCGAAUUCGUACGAGUUGGUCAGUCACUGAAACUACGAACAAUUGUAAAAGGCGACGCACCAACAAGCACGGCCACAACGUCAUUACUAAAACGAGAGCCUUGGGAACCACAACUUAUGGCCAAAGACUUCCCGUACGAAAUCAUAUGUGGUGAUUCUUGGGGCGAAAAGCUCGUUGUUGUGACAGAAGAAGGUGUUUUCAUUCUUGAAGAUUCUGUGCAACCUCGGCUUAUCAUUGACAAGUCGGUAAGCGUGAAACAACUAAGCGUGGUAGAGGCACAUGGACUGUUGCUGUUCAGAGCUGAUAAAGGAAAGGAGAGCCGUGUAUACGUAUUCAGAUUAUCAAUGUUAGAAGGUGAAAAAAACCAACAUGUCCUUCUUGGAAGAGCGGAAAUUAAAGAGCAUAAGCUAGAGCGAACCAAAGGUUGUCAUUUGUAUGCAUUGAGCAGACCAGGUGGAAUUCAUCUGCGAAUGGCUGUUGCUGUCUGCAAAAAGAUCCUGCUAAUGACGUGGAAACACAGCAUUGCGUGGACGACUUGGUGCACUACAGCUGAUACGGACACGAUUGAUGGCUUCCAAUUUGUUAGGGAACUGAGUGCGAAUGAUGUGCCUUGUUUGUUAACAUUAGUGGAUGGUGGGAGCAAAGGCGACAAUGAGUUUUGCGUGGGCUAUCGUCAGCAAUUUGACCUUAUUAAUGAAAAGAAUGGUGAUACAUUCAGGGUUCAUAUGGUUGAAUCGACUAAGGUCGAUCUGGUGUCAGCAGUCGACAUGUAUGAAGAUGAUGAGCCCGAGUUAUUACUCACUUAUAAUCUUUUAGUCAAGAGAAAUAUUUCAUAUGUUGCAGAUGUUUUUCUUGUUCUGUUCUCAGGCAAUGCAUCAAAUAGCCUACUUCAGAUAUACCGAAUUACAUUGGCCAGUCUUGUUGGUCAAGUGUGCGACCGAGCAUUACCAUCGCCAUCGAAACCACAACCACCAUCUUUUAUCUCACCUUUGGUGAACGACUGCAGUUUACUCAAACCCUCCAAUAGCAUAUCAUAUAAAGCUGGACACCACCACAACCACAUGCCUCCAAAUAAAGAGAUUUCAUUACGUCUGCCUUCUUUUACCAAUUCCAAUGGCAACACAGAAAUUGCACUUGUCUCACCACGCGACCGAAGUCCGAUGUUUUCCGAUGAGACUGUCGAAUCAAAGCGAAGACUUUUCGGAGGAAUUCGUUCUCCAAAGAGUUGUAAGAAAACUGUCUCUACGACGAGUGAUUCGGAUUCAGACACGAAAUUGGGUUCAAAGGCGGCCUCGACAUGCAGUUCAGAUUCGCAAGUUUUUAUGUCCUCCGAUUUCGACUCUGGAAUUCAUAUGGCUUCACCAACCUACAAAACAUCCAGCAAAACAAAUUCGAACGUUUAUGAUUUUGAUGCUAAACCAGACAUUCAAAACAAAUCAAAUUUACGAAAAUGUGGUUUUACACAAUCAGAGGCGGAAUGCCGUGCAGAAUUGUUAGGAAAAUCGACAAGUAAAGCACCAGACAAUCAUUCUGAGAAACGCGAUAUCUUAAAAAGUUUACCCGAGCGACCAGUGAAGCUUUCAAAUAUUAAACCGUACACUUUAUCAUCAUCACUGGAUGAUGAAGACAUUGAUUUAAAAUAGUUAUAAUGAGUAAUACCUGUCAAAAAACAUCACAGAAUAAAGAAACAUUAUGACGAUAUGUCUAUCGACUUAAUCCAUACCAUGUUUCCAUUGCUAAUUGUGAAUAUACCUAAUGUUGAUGAUUCGUUUCGUUUCACAGCCGAUUAUUUAGUGAAGUUUAUGUGAUCACGCGGAUCCGUCCAAGAUGAAUUUUACUGAUGACCAAAUAGUCAUAUUUAACGUUACCUUGCAGAAUGCGUUAAUUCAUCCAAUCAGCGCCCUGGAUUAUAUUAUCAUCCAUCGUAAACAGAACUUGGCGCUUUGCAAACUGUAUUCUGUGGAAAGCACUAUAGUUAAAGUGUAAGCCUGAAAAUUAUUAAUAGAAUAUUGCUAUUGAUUUUAAUGUGCUUUUGAGUUUUUGUCUACGUUAAUAUUUUAAAUUUUCCACACAUAAUUCUAGUCUAAUGUGGAUUUGUCUGUUUGCUGACUUAUAAAUGUAGCAUUUAAUAUUCUCUUCAGUUAAUCAGCGACUCACUAUCUUAUAUAUCUGUCAAGCACAUUGAGUCGCAAGGAUUUUCAAGGUUUUACUUAUAUUAUGUGAAUACUACAAAAUUAGCUUGUGUUCGUGUGUCAUGUCUCAACUCAUCACGACUCGAGCCUCGUAUGCUAAGUAAAGCAGUAUUUUCAUUGAAUUUAAAUUAACUUUUACACAACUUUUGUAUCGUACUAUGAAUGUCUAUGUAUGCCAAAUUAUCAAGUGGCUAAGAAAUUAUAGUUGUUUAUCUUAUUUUCCUUGAUGUAAUUUGUAACAAGUUAAUGUCGGUUGUAUUGUAAUUAUAGUGCUUUAAACAAUUUUUGUUUUAAAUAAAGAAUAUAUAUAAUAUAUAUCUAAUUAAGGUCCUUAAUUUUUCGAAUGAUUGAAAGUAAUAUCACUAAAUUUUUUUUUAUUUUUUAGCCUGAUUUAUUGCUGUUGGUUCGAGGCUCUCUGUCCACGUAUAAAGCUGGACAAUUUAAAAAAUUGAAGAAACAAUUAACUAUUUGUAAACAAACCAUAAAAUUGUAGGUAUAUUAAAAUUAUGAUAAACUGAGCACCUACCAGUUUGCCUAAACUUGUGGUUUCAAAAGAAUAUCUUUGAUCAAUACCGGUACCAUUUUAUUAAGAAAUUGUGUUUUUUCUUCGAAAUCCAACCCUAGUCCAUGACACUUAUGUGUAAUUCCUAAAAAUACUUCAUUCCAUUUUAAUAUUAUGGCACCAAUGUCCUCAAAACCCCGGAAUUAUUGUGUGUGGACAAAAAUGAUCCCAUCAGGAUGAAUUUUAAAUAGAACUUUCAUUCGUUUUAUAUGGCAUUUGUGUCUUGUGAUACAGAUUUAUUAUUCAUUUUAUUUUAUGCAAAUAAAUCGCUCAAAAAUUAGAAGCAAUUUCUCUAGUGAUGUAACUUUCUUUGUCCUUGUAUAUUUGUCUUGGUCUGGCUGCAUUUAAUUAUUUUCUUUUUAUGUUCUGCUUAAAAAAGACAACAUUGCAGAAAUGAGCCAAUUAUCUUAGGUACAUUACAGUAAUACGAACACCGGCCAUAAUAAAACAAACUACUAAUAUUUCAACUGAUUCUACCUAAAUGAUCAGUAUUUCGGUGAAAAAUAAAAUGCUGAUACUCUUCUAUACUGGUGCUAGCACUAGUCAUCAAUCAUCUGAUCAGAAUCCCCUAAUCAGGUUUGGUGAAGUCAUCAUGACUAUCCUGACUAUUAUUUGUCACCGAAACUGAUAAUUAUCAGAUAAUUUAAGUAGUAAGUCGUUUACGUCACAAAGGUAUACGUCGCUUGAAUAUGAUUCUACCCACCAAAUUUAUUUAUCUGUGUUCUAGCUCUUAAACCUGCCUACUGUAUUUGGGUUAUGUUUAUUGUGUCCUUCAUGUUGCUGGCGCAGCGGUUGCGAUUGGGGCUCUAUUUUUUAGGAAAGUGGUUCGAACCCCUCGCUGUGGCCAAUAAUUUAUGAGCAUUAUUAUAUUUUGAUCCUUUUGGGGGAAAUUCGAGCUGUCAACUUUAUGCGGCCAUGGCCUUGAACCCCUCGACGUGUAUCACUGUAUCUGGCAAGGCGCUUCACCUACGGUUGUCUUUCCACACUAGGAGUAUACUCAGCUGAUACCUGCUAGGUUGGAGCACCACUGCGCUAAAUACUACAGUAGUUGUUGCAAUAUUAUGUAAUUCUUCAAAGCGUAUUGAAUAUGGAUUCAUUAGGUUUUGAAUCCUGUUAAACUGGCAUGAUGUGCUUUAAUCAGUGGCGUAACUAGAAGUCUUGAAAUUGGGGUGCUGGUGAGAGGUGGGGCGCGAAGGUGAAGUGUGGGGGGAGGGGGCUCGAUGAUUAGUUGAGGGGCACUAAUUCGCAAAAUAAGGUGAUUUUAGGUGAUUUUUAACUACUUGACGUGGGAGGGGGUGGGACUUAUGUCCUUUCGAUCAAUCUUUACGGUAUUGAAAAUUUGUAGAUAAUAAAAUUGGAUAUAAAAUUAUUAUUAGGUCUAAGGGUAACAUUUGGACAAUUCCAUUACACAUAACAGAAUCAGAUAGUUGUUAUUAAAAUUAAUUACGGUUUUAUUUGGCGUCUAAUAAUGAUCAUUUAAUUACAUCUUGCUACAUUUUUUGCAAUGUAAGAAUUUUCUAUAGACGGCAAUUUUGAUAGGCCUAUGUUAUGACAAUUUGUGUUCGUAGAAUAACAAAUAGAAAUCAUACAUCAGGGAACAGUGAAAUUUUAUUCCCUGAUUACAUGAAGUGCUGGAUCUGGUGUUACACAAUGAAUUUCGUUUUUACUACUGGUUUUCGUUCGCCAGUCAAUCCAAAAACAGGACUAUGAAUUUGCUAAAUCAUUGAUAAUUGAUGUAAACUUAAGAUGUACCGAAAAUUUGGUUCCAAACAAAACAUUUUAUAGAUUAAGAAGUGUUUUUUCAGCGUUUCCGUCACAAAUUAAUUUGAUUUCGAAUGACGUUUGUAUAUUCUAAAACAGUGCUUGUUUACCAAACAAGCAUUACAGUAUACACUAAUUUAAUUAAGUCUUUUGGCUUUAGUUUUAUACUAUCCGUCUAAUCGUGUUAACUGGAAAUGUUCAAAGAUGAGAAGCACCCUAGUUUCAGUUGUUUCUGUACUUGGAAUACCAGUAUUUUAAUGUGUUCAAAGAGUAUUAAUUCGCUUACAUUUGUGCCGCGAGAUUUUUAGUUUGAGUAGUAUUUCUAAAAGUUUCAACGUAUAUGUUUUUCAUCUAGUCGACAUUAGAAAAAUAAUGACCCUCGCCCGUUUCCUAGAUCGUUUAUACGAAAUCGUUUAAUGCAAUCGCUACAUUACUCGAAAGUGACAUGCAAUUAUGAGAAGUGUACUUAUGUCUUUGCAGAUUUUUUAUGAUUGUUGUCUAUUUUGUGGAACAUUUGCUGAUAGAUUUUAGAAAAAUGCUUAAUUGCAAAAAAUCUAUAGCGACAUUGAUUCAUGUAUUUUGAAUAUUGUACAUCGAAAUGCAGGUGAAUGUAAAAAUAUGACAUUGUGUAUACUUGUGACCUUUUCCCUACUUUCAAGUAGGGCCUAUUUGUCAUUUAAACUACAAAAUAAUUGCAAAAAAAAAGUAUGUAAAGAAUGAAUCGUACAUACUGGUGUACAUUGGUGCUUAUUUACAGCUUUCAAAAUAUUAUUGACAUUAUUAUUAAUAGGCCUAUAUAAAAAUUCUAACGCUUAAGGGGCCUAAAUUGUGGUGACGCUCAGAAAUUGGUGAUUGCACUUUCGGUUUUAUUGACAAUAUAGAUUUUUUUAUAAGAGAGAUCACUUAUCAUUCGAAUGAUAUGGUUAUAUAAACUGAAAGUGAGCAAGGUGGCAAUCAAACCUUCUAUAAGUAGCAGGCUUAGUAUUCUGGAGUCGAUUUUAAUGGUCUUUCUAUUUUGUGCUUUUGGAACCCAUUUUUUAAAGAAAAGGGAAAGGAGUAACAUAUUGAUUUAUCCAGAUGCAAUUCAAUCUGAAAUAAAUUUAGCACUCUUUUAUGGUAGUGAACAAUUUCAAUAAAAGUGUUGCAAUGGAAUACAUUCAUACAUGUCUUACAACUGGGGUGAAACUCAAUAAAGCACGAUUUUGUCUGGUUGCUACAGUAACAGCUAAAAUUGUAUUUAGGCAACUGUUGUGCAUACCAUUUGGAUAACCGCAGUUAAGAAUGCGGCUUUCUUCAGGAACUGAAAAAUAUGAAAUAAAUAUAUAAAUUUUAAUUUGAGUAGAGUUGAAUAGCUUAGUGGUUAAGAAGCUUCACUUCGAAUCCCAGUGUCCUGGGUUCAAUUCCUGUCACAGCAAUACUUUCUCACGACAAAAAACAGCUCCAUUCCCUAAGCCUCAUUAAAGUCAGACUCCGGAGGAAAAACGGUGAACAAGAUACAGAUUUUUGAAUAUUUAAAAACUGGGGGGAAAAGGGGCGUAACCGCCCAUUUUUACACCUUUUUCCCCCAGUUUUUAAAUAUUAAAAAAUCUGUAUCUCAUUCACCGUUGCUCAGUUUUUGAUCAAAACUCAGUUCUACAACAUAUCAAAAAAAAUUUUUCCCCCGGAGCCUGACUUUAAGAGACUUUAUAAAGCAUCGUUCCAUCCUGUAUGUGGUGAGUGUACUUGCUGUUGAUGUGAAGUAAAUAAAAACAAGUUCAUUUGGAUAUGGCACUCUAAAAAAUAGUAUUUGUCAACAACCAUAUAGGAGUAAAUGGGGUGCUGUUGUUCCUCUAAAGGAAUCUGUAUAGGCAUAUUCUGUAUAAUAGUUAAUAAAUCGAUUACCGCACUCAGGAAGUAGUGGUUACAUGUAACACGCAAUGUAGAUUCGUAACGCAGUGCGUUCGUCUACGUGCAUUUUAUCGAAUACGGUACCUGAAUAUCAUGGCCCACUAUUUUAACGCAAUGAUUGGUAGCCCAUGUUAUUCGAUUACAUAUUUUCAAAUAUAAAGUAAUUGGUAUAAACUAGUUUGUAUGAUUUGAAAACGUCAGGCCACUAAAAUACUAUUUUACUUGAUCUGAAUACUCAAUUUCGUUGUUGUUGUUGUUGUAAGACAGUUAUUUCACAGUUAUGAUCUUGCAAGUUUGAUUCUCAAAAAGCAAAAUAAUGGAACAAACGAGACAAUAAAAUAACGGGUUUAUACUUCAUGACGUCGAUUGUGAUUGAAAAACCCUUCUAUUAGGCUUACUAUCAUCAACCGCUGUUCACUCCGAUGUAUAAUUUUGUUUCUAUACAUACGUUUUUGAUAACAUUCUGCAGUGUACUUCAUUCUUGAUGUUUUAAUUUUAUUCAUGAAUUUUUAUCAGAAUUCAAUCAAGAUAAUUUUUUAUCUUUUCAUGUGAUUUGCGGUUGUUAUUACAUGUUUUCCUUUAGUGAUUGAUAUCACUUAUGUAUCCAGAGUACGUGUGAAUAUGGUGAAAUGCUACGGCGGUGUUUAAACCACGUUGAUAUUGUUAUAUACAUUUAAUUGCUUUUUAAGAUCAGUGUUAUUUAAAAAUCUAUUUGUAAUUUUUAAGACUAGGCUAUCGUAUAUGAUUGGUUUUCUGUGCAUUACAACUUCACGACUCCCAAUUGAAUUAAUUUUGAUAAACCAGACUCAAAUAAAAGAAAAUGCGAUGGAA